AAGGGAUGGGGCUGCACUAAUGGUGUGAGUAAAGGAGCAGCGUUACCUUGUUGUUCCCAACACAUGAGCUGAUUAUUCCCAGGGACACUUUGUACUGACUCAGUGCAGUUUAUGUGGCAGCAGCAGCUCCAACCCAGCCACCAUAAGUGAAUUCCUGUGCCAUUUGGUAGCAAGGACAGCCCUGCAGCCUGAGGGGAUGAUACAGACUGGAGCUGUAGGCUCAUUAAAGGGUCACUUCCAGGUCAGUCCCUCCCACGAGGAGCCAAUGGGAAUGUGGGAGGAAGCGAGUGACACAGGGAUGAAGGGGAAGGAGGAUAAAAACGAGCGGAACAAGAGAAUCGUGAAUCUGACACUGGAGAUGAUCUAUCUGCUGACUGGAGAGCACUACAUCCCUAGGAAGAAGUCAGAUGAUGGGGGGGCCCUGCAUGCCCCUGGCUCCGUCAUACAGAAGGAAAAUAACAAGAAUGACAAGAAGAUCCUGGAACUCAUGUCCAACAUCAUCCAGCUGCUGACUGGAGAGGAGCGGGACUAUAUAAAAGGAAACAAGGACCUUUAUGAUGAAGAGAUAAAGGAGGAGCCACAGCAGCUCAGCCCACUGGCAGUCUGUGAAUAUAAAGAUGAGAGUAAUGUUACAGCAAACAUGGAAGCAACGUUAGGCUGUAAUAAUGAUGGAAAUCUCACUGAAAUUUCUCCAGUGGAACAGUCUCCACCUGCCAAUGGGAUUAAAGUAGAAGUGGAUUCAUGGGAAGAGGAAAACCAAUCAGAUUGCAGCAUUAAUCCACUUACAGAACAGAUACAGGGAACAGAUACACCAACUCCUAUCAUGGGGUGCAGCCCAAGUAACAACUUGUCAGAUAAUUAUAUAUCAGUUGUUAUUAAAGAGGAAGCGACGUCAUGGGAAGAAGAAAACCCCUUUGCAGAACAAACACAAGUAACAGACACAUCGACUCUUGUGGGGCAGAGCCUGAAUAGCAGUUUGAUCCCUAAGGACACAUCAGAUGGAAUUAAGGAGGAUUUGGCUUUAUGGGAAACAGACCACAACUACUGCAAGAUAAAUACAAUUACAGGAGAGAUACUGCAAACAGAUAAACUAGCAGAUGUUAUGGGCUGUAGCCUGAAUAACAACUCACAAGAUGAUUAUAUAUCAUUUGUUAUUAAGGAGGAAGAGGCUUCAUGUGAAGAGGGAAACCAAUCAGAUUGCAGCAUUAAUCCACUUACAGAACCAAUACAGGGAACAGAUACACCUACUCCUAAUAUGUUAUACAGUCUAGUUAGAGACUUUUUGAAAACAAAUGGCAAUAAAUAUGAUGAAAAUGCCAAUACAUCUGCACAUUUUAGUCGUAAUAGAGACUCUGAUAAACAUGAAAGAACCCACACAGGAAAGAAACUUCAUUCUUGUUCACAAUGUGGGAAAUGUUUUUCAUCUUCAUCAGAUCUUAUGGCCCAUCGUCGACAGUCCCACACAAGGGAGAAACCUUUUUCUUGUUCAGAAUGUGGGAAAUGUUUUUCAUUUCGAUCACGCCUUAUAGAUCAUCAGAGAACCCACACAGGGGAGAAACCUUUUUGUUGUUUUCAAUGUGGAAAAUGUUUUUCAGUUCGAUCACGCUUUCUAGAUCAUCGGAGAACCCACACAGGGGAGAAACCUUUUUCUUGUUUGGAAUGUGGGAAAUGUUUUUUAUUUCGAUCACGCCUUUUAGAGCACCAGAGAACCCACACGGGGGAGAAACCUUUUUCUUGUUUGAAAUGUGGAAAAUGUUUUUCAGUUCGAUCACGCCUUAAAGAUCAUCAGAGAACCCACACAGGGGAGAAACCUUUUUCUUGUUUGGAAUGUGGAAAAUCGUUUUCAUUCCGACCAUGCCUUAUAGAUCAUCAGAGAACCCACACAGGGGAGAAACCUUUUUCUUGUUUUCAAUGUGGCAAAUGUUUUUCAUUUCAAUCACGCCUUAUAAAUCAUCAGAGAACCCACACAGGGGAGAAACCGUUUUCUUGUUCAGAAUGUGGGAAAAGUUUUUCAAAUCAAUCUUGCCUUAGGGUGCAUCAGAGAACCCACACAGGGGAGAAACCCUAUUCUUGUUCUGAAUGUGGGAAAAGCUUUGUCACUUCAUCACAACUCGCUGUCCAUCGACGACGAACCCACACAGGAGAGAAACCGUUUUCUUGUUCAGAAUGUGGGAAAUGUUUUUCAAAUCAAUCUUGCCUUAGGGUGCAUCAGAGAACUCACACAGGAGAGAACCUGUUUUCUUGUUCUGAAUGUGGGAAAAGCUUUGUCACUUCAUCAAAACUUGCUAGCCAUCAAAGACAAACCCACACAGGAGAGAAACCUGUUUCUUGUUCUGAAUGUGGGAAAUGUUUUACUCGUAAGAGAAGUCUAAAAGUGCACUUUAAGAUUCACACAGGAGGAAAACCAUAAGAUUUUUUUUAAGUAAAAUGGUUUACUAACCAGACACAUUUUUUUCCACAUUGAUAAUUAUCUUAAUAUGUGUGUUGUGUAGCACUGACCCACCAUUGUAAACUGAUUAGACCUAAUUUCAUUAUUAAUUCAAACAUACUGGAAUAUAGAUAAAUCUUUUUU